AUGUCAGAAUCAGCCCCAGAGGAGCCUCAGACCUCCAUCCUCGAAAGCACAGCUAGUGUUCCUGCUCCUGCUCCCGCUGCUGUCGGACCUGGAGGCUCAAGUGACCUUUCCUUUGGUGAGCAAAACCUUAGCUUCACCACCACAGACGUCAGCCUGGUGGAGCUGAUGGAAAUUGAGUACACCCAGCUGCAGCACAUUCUGCACUCGCAUGCGGAGGCACAAGCUGGUGGAGGUGAGGUGGAAGCUAGGCUCAGUUCUUUCUCCUUGCCUGGUAAUUCUGCAGACCCCUCUGUGCUCCAGACCUCACUGAACGCCGCUCAGGAGGGCUGUUCCUCAAACAGCUCUGGGAACCAGUUGAUUUACCCAGUUAUCUGCCAGCCAGGAUUACCCCUUGAUGGCAGCUUGCUAAGUUCAAACCCACGUUUGGGCUAUGCUGACUUCCAGGAGCUCAGAAUGAUGUUACUGAGCGAGUCUAACCUCCCUUUGAACCAAACAGAUAGAACACCUAGCAGUGGCUCUGUAGAAGUCCCAGGACACAGUUUAGUAAAAGUUAAACAUGAUGAAAAUGCUGCUGGGACAAGUAAAGGAAACAUACUUGUUGAAAAUUUGGCACUGGCACCAGAGCCGAGGCCUAAAUCUGCAGUCAGAGUUCGGUUGGAAGACAGAUUCAACAGCAUCCAGACAGAACACCCCAGAUGUCAAGAACCCCAAGAAUCUGGAGUAACUCUUAACAAUUUAGUAACGUUGAUUCGACAGCCAUCAGAACUGGUAGGUGUUCCUCUUCAUCAGCAAGAGAACAAGUGUGCUGCUUUGGGGAAAAAUAAGACAGCUCCUGCCACCCCUUCUUUACAGUUCCCAUACCCAGUGUUUGCCAUGAACGCGUGCUCUGCUGCUGGAGGUGCCAGUUCUGCCCAAGCACAGACCUCUGGAACCUCUUGUGCUAUUUUGGAAGCUGCCAAACAUCAAGAGUUUGGGGUGCCCAAGACAUUGUCUUUCUGCUACCAGGAGAUUGAAUCCACAAAGCAGACAGUAGCUGCCAUGAAUAAAGCUUUGCCUGAGGAAGUCUGGAUUAAACUUGGAGAAGACACCAUCUGCAAGCAAGAGAUGAACAGGAGGAGCUGCAGCCGAAUGAGCCCCUUGGAUCCCAGCACGGAGCGGAAACCUCUCGGAGAGAUCCAGAACGUGCGUGGGGAGAGCCAGGGCACU